UAGAAUAAUUUCUCGUUAAGCUUACAAAUUCAUACCGGUGCGUGUAUAUAAUUGAUGAAGCUUCAUAUCGAGAUCAUGUAGCGUGUUCUACAUUAUUCGUUUCUUUAGCGUUGGUGAUAUCUUUUUUUCAACAUGUUGUGGCGAGAAGUAUUGCGCGAGCAAUUUAGUGACUAUUCGCCACUAAACCAUCCGUUAUUCGAAAAUUUAUUUAAGGAAUUUUUAGUAAGAUAUGUUGAAGGAUUUUAACUAAUAUAUAAUCGUAUAGAAGUGUUUAAAUAACUGUUUAUCUGCUGUUCUAUUUUGCUUUCACAUCUAAUAUCAGCCAAAGUUCUUUUAGAUAUCGUUUCUAGCAUGUACAGUGAAAAAUUUAUUUCACAUCGCUAUAAAACUUGUUAAAAAGAGAAUCAGAGUACAGCGCAGUUUUCAACGUGCUCCGCAAAUGAAAUUCGCAUCGACCCAAUACCUUCUAGUAUAGUCUAUCGAACGCGUUAAUUAACUUAUGAUACCUGAGUAUAGAUAAGCCGACUAAUGACGCAACAUGUGCUGCGUUUGUGCAAGGUAUCGUUAGAGAACGACUAAUCACGUCAUUCCCAAAAUCUUUCGAAUGAAAAUUCGCGAGAUAUUCUAACGACAAUGACACGAAGCAUCCUCGUACCUGUCGCACCAGCGAAACAACUUUGAUCCCAUUUUUAUCGCAGCAGAAAUGCAACAUUUGCUUCGCUUCGAGAGUUUGCUGGCUAACCGCGAAGAAUUGUGGGAACAUUGGCGAAGUAAAAGUAAAGCAGCUACGAGUCGCGUUUCGCAAGUCGGAAAUUCGUACGGUGGUUGGUCUGACGUAACCCGUUACGAACCGUUGCGCGUUCAAUGGUCCAUAUUGCGCGUUACUUCUCAAACGGAAUAAACAUCGUCUCCGAUGAUUUAGCUAUGCGUCGAAGUAUCUUUCUAAGAGUUUCUUCGUUAUAUAUCAGAGGAACUGGAGACUGAUAGGAAAGUGAAAGACAUAAUAUCAGUUUGGUUGAACAAAAAGUCACGAUCCUUGGCUUGUGCUACCGCGUUUCUUGCAGUUAUUAAUAAAAGCUCGUUCUCUGUACACGACGGGGCGACUGCGAGCCGCCUCUUCUUCGGCAACGGGACGAUCUCACGGCCUGUAAUCAGUCGGCGGAUCUCCCAAGAGCUAAUUAGAAACUUACGGAGAAGAGGUUUCUGUCAGCAACGUUGUUCAAGUCAGCGGAAGAAGCCUUUUCCUCUGGUAACGAUAACAGAUCGUUAUGCGCACAUACGCUCGUGCUUUUCGUCUACAAUUUCAUCCGUUCGAGUUAGGUGCAAUUACUCUUAACUGCUUUGAACGAACGUUCGCAGUCAGUAGAGGUAGAACAGUCGAAUAUAGGAUAUAUUUGAUGAAUUCUCGUAAUUCGAAUACAGAGAAUCUGUGAACGAAUUAUAGACAUCGGAGCCGAAAGUAGGUUCUUUAAAAGAGGAACAGCUUUACUGCCAAAACAUUGGAGCCAGGUGCGCGUUUUCGCGCUGCGUAUCGUGACACGAAGUUGCAUGACGCCACGUCGUUAGCCAGGUAUUCGUAAAUGCAGCAAGUCCUUGGUAAAGUCUUGAAUCGAUUGCUUUCCAUCGAAGCGAUAAGAAAAAAUAAAUAGCCGGUAGCAAAAUAAAUCGAUUCGAUACGAUUACUUUGAAGCCUAAAAAGCGAGAGACGCAAGGGAAGACUUUGAUAUGGCGGAACGGCGGCGAAGGCCAACGAAAAAAAGUGCACCGAUGCAGCAUACCGUAACGAUCGUGUCUGUUAUUGUCGAUUGCAUCGUGGAGCGCGCACGUGCCAGCACCAAGUGCAACGUAAAUAGCUUCCGCGAUGUGUCUUGCGGCAAACCGCAGGAAGAAAGAAAUUCUAUCGUUGAAAUUGUCAACUAACAGCGCGCAAAUCUUUCCAUACUUUUUUCUAAGUUUCUUCGAUAGUUUUAAAGGUGUUGCCUGCAACGUUCCCGCUUCGUUAUUUCCGCUUUGAAACAGGCUGACGCUGUUGUGGAUGGAGCUUAAUACUCGAGAAGAAAACGGAGUAAGAAGGGAACAGCGAAGAGAACGCGAAGCAAUUACUUUGCCCCACCGUUUAAAUCGUUCGAGGAGUUUCGUUAUUACCUUUUUUGCGAGCAUUAAAGUCGGUCGCCUCGAUGGGCGCAUAUAGAGAGAGAGUUUCACUUUUCCCACGAUUAUCUGUCAUCCAAUGAUUUCAGUCGAUCGGUUUUUUCCUCAAUUAUUGGUAGUUGCACCAGCGGCGAUUAGUACAUACUCAUAUAAGUGCAAGUGAUCGUUUCAACCCUGAAAUCAGUCACGCAACAUUUACUAUAGUAUUCUGUAGUUCGAUCGGGUAUCGAAAGUCCAGCGAUAAAUUUCAGUUCGCUGAGACUAGCACGGUUAUGAAAGAAGAAAAAUGUUGAGUAUAUGGCUGGGCGAUCCAGAGGUAUAUUUCCGCGGAAGGAAAAGUCUGGAUGCAGCGACAAAGAUUUUCGGUGUCAGACUAAUGGAGCACGCCGAUCUGCCUAAUCUCGAGCAACUCAUACGUCCGGAGACGUAUGAAAUUUUUGGAGACGUGGACCUCGAACGCAUCUUCGAGGCGAGUUGUCUAUCGAUGGUGCAGUGUAACGAAAAGUGUGAAAUCGUUUCAGGCAUAUGCCUUUGCAAUUAUCCGAACGUGCCGUCGGUGACUCCAGAUGAUUGGCUGACUUGGUUGUACAGAUUGUAUAAGAUCGAAGAUGUGACAGAAGGAAACGCGAUGUUUAUACAUAUCCUCGUCUGGGACAAACGAUAUACUGGCAACUUCUUCGCAGACCUACUGACAGGACUCUUCGAUAUCACGUCGUGUUUGCAGCACGUGAUUCUCGUGGUUCCUCCUCAGAUUAUUAUACCUGCUGCAGACGUGUUCGAACAGCAGAUGAUCAGGAUCCCGCAAUACUGUGCCGACAAGCCGUCCGUGCAGUCAAUCUACAUAACCGAACGUCAUCUAAAAAAUCCCAGACUCAAGAUUCGACGUGCUGUAGAAGAGGAUAACGACGACAUAGUAGCGAUCAUCGACGCGGAGUCGAGCCUCGUAAAAGAAUUUUAUGGAGAAUUUUACGUCAGCGAGAUGAUUCGCAAUCCUGACAACUGUCGACGACUGAUCGUUUCCGAGGAUGACGAUGGUUUUGCUACUGGCGUAAUGUUUCUCAAUAGCAACGUAGAUGUAGAUACGCUCAAUCAGAAUUUCGAACUGCGACCGUACAAUGGUCUUAGAAAGAUCCAUGAAAACGACAAAUUUCUCCGACAAAGCAUGCAGCCUGCCAGCAAGACGUUCUUCUCUAUAUUUUGGAGAAAGUCUCUCGAGGAAUCAACGGAAGAAUUCUCCGAGGGACUUUCACCGGAAGAGAGCAUGGAAAGCUUCGAGGACACAGACUCUAGAAUUUCUGUAGCUUCUAACGAUGAAGCGACGAAACUGAUACCACCUACGAGAAAACUGUUCGAUUCAUCGAUAAUGACCUUCGGCAGUGAUCUGCAAUCGAUAGCCGAUUACUUCGACACGUAUUAUCGAUCAAAAUUGAUGACCAACGCGUUCACAGACUCAUUAUUUACGAUACCACGUGAGUUCCCAACGAAUUUCGACUUCUUGUUCGAUUUUUAUUUAAGAGGAAUAAAAUCAAUUGCGACAUUUUUUUGCAACAAAGGAAGAUCUAUCGUUACCUUCGGUGAAUCUUUCGGAGACCCAGUAUUUGACAAGAUCGAUGUCCCUUUGCAGCCUGUUUAUCACGGCGAUGUUAACGCAUUCGUUUUGGAAAUUUUCGCGAUGAAAGAUGAAAUAAAACGUCGCUGGAGUAGGAACUUCAUGGAGGCCGCGUUCGAGUGUUUUCCCGACUUGGAUUAUUGCGUGAUCCUUCUGCCUUUCUCUCAUCCUUAUUUUCCUCUCCUCCAACAUUUCGUGCGUGUGCCACUGAAGUGCAACAAGGAUUAUCCGAUGACGCUAUACGUAAUGCAUCGUACUGCUCUUCUGGGUCACAUAAAGCUUCGAGAAGCUAAGCUUUCCGAUAGAGACGACAUACAAGAACUUCUACAGAAUAUUCCAAAAGCGGAACAAGUUUUAAUAGACUUUGACAUCGCGAUGGACAAACAACCGUCAGAGAUGCAGUGUUAUGUCUGUCAAUGGAAGGACAGGAUAGUCGGUGUAGCAAUACUUUGUGUCGAGAAAGAAGUCACGUAUAUUAGACGACGUUAUCACAUAGAAGAUUACAUCGCAGAGAAAAAUAUACCUGGCGAUGCUUAUGGACGUAUUCUACAUUUCAUACUGAUGCCAGUUUUCUCCAUUCAUCUGCCCUUCUUCUUCUGCGAGAUCGCUCGUUUUAGUGGCAUGAUCGUUCUUUAUUAUCGACUUACAGAAACAGCGUUAAGUGCAUUGACUCGUACGCAUCCUUUGACGAUAUGCUUGAACACUAUGGCUCCCGUGAGGCCUCGUCGAAGAAUCGAAUACAAGUAUCAUGGUUUCGAGGAAACUGACGAGCCUAUGAAACGAACUGAACGUUUUUCGCUUUUCAUGACGUCACCAAGGAUCGCAUUGAUACCAAAACCGAUCAUCGAUUCGAGGGUGGUUGUGGUGGGCGCCUCGGAUUGUGCCGUUGCAUUCUUAGAACAUCUUAUUUUUGGACAAAGCUUCAUACGAUUCACGAAUAUCACUCUGAUAUCGCCACACGGCUUACCUUUCGAGGACGAAGACGAAACGUGCGCGCAUUUGCUACCCUUCAAAGGCCGAUAUUGUCCGAGGUAUCGUCGGCUGAUUGGGGCACGUUAUCGAAUUAGUAUUGUAUAUGGAACAGUGACGUCGAUUCAAAGGUAUGGAAAAACAGAGAGGAAAUCAAAAAAAGUUUUCUACCUAGAUUCCACUUUUCUAAUUAUCUUCAUGAAAAUAUACACUUUCAUAAACAUUCACGAUCUACAUUACAGUGUUAAUGAAAUUUCUUCAAAUGUUUUCUAUAAUGACACAAAUAUUCCCGUGGCCGAUUGUAUUGUGCCUAACAGGAAAGAGAAAUACGUAACUGUGAUGAAUCAAGGAAACAUUACAUACGAUUAUCUCAUCUUAACCUGUGGAAUGCAGUAUCAGCGUCCCCAAUUUCAAGAUGAAUUGGACGAGCAGAAAAAAGGAGAAUUUUUGCAGCACGAAACACCUUGGAACUGUUUGACGCUCAAUGACGAUACAGAAGCGGCUAUCUGUUUAGAGAAGAUCGAAGAGUUGACGAAUAAAUUGGAACGCGAAAGGAAGAUUAUUUUUUAUGGACACAACAUCGAUUGUUAUUGCGCCCUUCAAGGAUUGCUCGAAUUUGGAGUUAAGGGUUCUUGGAUCACACUGAUCCAACCGCCAUUGCAAAAGUGUACAUCCUACGAAAAUAUCUUCUUCGACGAUUGCGAAGUACAAAAAGCACGCGAAUUAGAUUUGUCUUUCUUUAAUCGUUCCAACGACACUCUUCGACUGCACUGUACAACACUGAGCAACUAUUCUGUUACUGAUAUACAAUAUUUAUACGUUUACAUUUUUAGAAUCUCGAUAAACAUGUGGCUAUCGAAGGUGUACGCAGAAGUGAUGAAGUCGAUUUCGAAGAAUAAUAUCGAGGUGCUCGUGGGUUGGGAAUUGAUCGAUUGGCACGUAAAAAGUUUGCCACAAGGAAAAAUGAUAGAAGCGAUCGUUAUCCGGCUGAGAGGUAAAACCAGAACGUUGGACUGCGACGCCUUUCUAAAUUUUCGCGAGAAGACCAUCAACAUGAGGAUAUUUUUGGCGAUCUGUAGGUCUGGACUCAUGUUCGACGGCCAGCUGGUCAUAGACACGGAAUUAAGGACAAACGAUCCAUCGAUCUUUGCUGCUGGUAGCAUAACUAAGUAUUGUAGAAGAUUCUACCUCGAAGCCUGGCAACAUAUAUACUUUAAUAGUAUAGAGAUCGGCGAGAAAGUUAGUAGACCAAAACGUCCUUGCACGAUUCAUAAAUAUUGCGGUUUAUUGGCUAUAAACUUUUCUUUUAUGAUCUUACGAGUUCUAAUGAAAGUUAAUAUUUCAAAACAGACAAAUAUGCAGCUAGCGAAGAUUCUUCGAUCGGUCAUCGAAAAUGAACAUCGAGGCAGCGAGACAUCGGUCGUACAGUCGAAAAGCAAGGAAGAUCAGCCGAUAGUCGUGUUUCGAUCACCGAAAAUCGUGGCCUGUACUUUACCCGGUGGUUAUCGCUACCUUCACGUCGGCAAGUCUGGAAAAUCCAUGUUACGCAAACCUACGAUUCAUUACAACGUUUACGUGAGUUUUCAUUGUGGUUUCGCUACGUUCCGCGAGGAAAUUCGUUUAAGCGAUCGUAUUUAGGGUCAAGUGCUGAUAACAGGCUCGUGUACAUCAGAAAUUGGCUACUUCCGCAUACAACUGAAUCGGUUUGACAUGAUAGAAACAGUAACGUGUUUCAACAAGAAGGAUUUCGAAGUGCGUCAUAUGGUCGCGUUAUACGGAAAGCACGAGAGCUUACUGAACGAGCUUAAAACACGUUUCGAAAAGUCGUUGAUCUCGGACUUUUACGCGUACUUCCGGGAACCAUGGGCCAUGGCGAUCUUCUACGAUAGAUUCGAGUGUCUUCGAGUGGAGAACCGUGCUACGCUCUUGUCGAAAACGGCAAUUCCUGGACAAUCAUUAGUUGACGAUUGCGUGCGUGCACUAGUACAAUCCAACUGGAAUGCGAUACAAGACGACGAUCGUCAGACCAUCCAAUCGAGAUUCGCUGGCUCGGUGUAUCAGCAAGAAAUAGAGGAAAAUUUGCUAGAUCUGCUACAGUUCUCCGAAGAAGACUUGCCUGUUUACUGCACUCCUGGAAAAUUCCGUGAAUUAUAUGCGGACAUUGAAAAUAGUCCACUGUACACUGAUUUGUAACUAAAGAGACUCGUAAAGAUAUUUGAACAGAUAUAGAAA